AUCAAGGUCGUCACCUGGAAUAUCGACUUCAUGCAGCAGGGGACGAAGCCCCGCCUCGCGGCCGCGCUCGCUCACCUCCGUAACGGCGUCUUCAAGUGCGCGGACGGCGGGGCGCCGGAGCCGUGCUGCAUCUUGCUGCAGGAGGUGCACGAAGGCGCGUUCUCGGUGAUCAUGGAGGACGACUGGAUCCGGAACCAUUUCGUGCUCGUGCCGGAGGGACCGAACAUGUUCCCGAUCUAUUACGGGCAGGUGACGCUCGUGGCGAGGACGAUACCGGUGCAGAGGGCAUACAGCUUGGAGUUCCAGGAGACGAGGAUGGGGAGGACGGCGCUGUUCGUCGACGUGCUGAUGAGCGUUCCGACGAGCGAGGGGUGGCGACGGUCGACCAUGCGCAUCGCGAACACGCAUCUUGAAUCGUUGCCGGAGGGCUUCGAAAUGCGUCCUAUCCAGAUGAGCUUGAUAUCGCGCGCGCUUCAGGAAGGGAACUUGGCCGGCGGGAUCGUGUGCGGCGACAUGAACGUCAUUCGACGGGAGGACGAGUCGUUGGCCGAGGACGCGGGCCUGCAGGACGCCUGGAACGGGAAGCGGGGUGAUAAGUCGGGGCACACCUGGGGCUAUCAGCCACGGGGCCGGUUUCCGCCUGGGCGGUUAGAUAGGAUAUUCUUCACGAAGAACGUGGGAUUCAACGUGGACGAGCCGACGCGGAUCGGCGAGGGCGUGCGUUGGGGGCCUGGGCCGACAGACUACGUGAGCGACCACUUUGGGCUGCUGACGACGGUGAGUGUGCUAUAGCGAGCUUGAGGCCUAGUGCGUGUAUAUGCAUUCUGUAUUCUUCUGGGCUGUUCGAUGUGGAUAUUAUCUCG